AAUGCUCAUUUUAAUCUGUAGCAUUUUCUUUUUCAGAUGUAUAUAGUUGUGUAAUUUACUGAAACAAAAACAGUAAACAUUAUAUCAGACUCGUGGUUUGAAGAUGGUAUGACUUGGUGGCCAAACUACAAAAGUGAUGAACGCAUCAAUAGAGCUGUCCAAAAACGUGAGGAACCAGGACCAGACUGGAAACAGUAUGAUGUUCGAGUCCUCUUAAGAGCUGGUGACUACAUGAAGGCAAAAGAAAAGCUGAGGGUCUCACUGAUCUGUAACACUUCAGAGUUACAAACUGAUGACGAGGAACAAGUGAUUAUGAGGAAAAGAAAAAGUAAGCCAAGGAUCAUUUUUGGUGAUACAGACUCUGACAGUGAGGCAGAUGAGUGGAACAAGAGAAGACGCACCUCCACUCCAUUGCCUCCUAUUCCUCCACCUACCCUCAAUGAAGUUUGCCAGACCACUACUAGACCUCUGCCAGGCCCGAGGCAUACUACAGCUCCUGCACCACUUGUCCCUAGCCCUCCACCUUACAUUCUUCCAAGUCCUCCACACCACUUCUCUGCUGGAAAUCGUCCAGAUUUGAAGAGUCCUGUGUGCCGGAUCUCUGCCACCCCUCUGUCAGAUGAUGGCCAAGACCACCUUUUCGUCCCUAGCUUUAGACUGGGGAAGACCGGCACUGGACCGGUUCCUUGCUCUGCGGCUCAGCUGCACAUCUUGACCCUGCUGGAACACAUCAAGCAGCAGCAAAUGCAACUUUCUGCUGCUGUCAACAGUCUUGCUGCAAGAGUGGGUACAGAAACUCCAGUGGCUGAGAUGCCGGACAAUAUGAGUUUCCCACUGGCCACCAUGUCUGAAGUGAAGGAGUUGGAGGAGUGGCUGAAAGACUCAAGGAAUUCUCAUGCUAAGCAAAACAUGGUAUAA